AGAACACCACACAUCAGUAAGAAAUGUCCGAUAUGAAUAUUGACAGCAUUAUAUCAAGACUAUUGGAAGUUCGCGGUGCCAGACCUGGUAAAAAUGUCCAGUUGUCAGAAAGUGAAAUAAGAGGCUUAUGUCUAAAGUCCAGAGAGAUAUUUCUGUCCCAACCUAUACUGUUGGAGUUGGAGGCACCUCUUAAGAUAUGUGGUGAUAUCCAUGGCCAGUACUAUGACUUAUUGCGUUUGUUCGAGUAUGGUGGUUUCCCUCCAGAGUCAAACUAUUUAUUCCUGGGCGACUACGUAGAUCGUGGUAAACAAUCCCUGGAAACAAUAUGCUUACUGUUGGCUUAUAAAAUCAAAUAUUCGGAGAAUUUCUUUUUGCUUCGUGGCAAUCACGAAUGUGCAAGUAUUAAUAGAAUUUAUGGUUUUUAUGAUGAGUGCAAAAGGCGUUAUACAAUCAAGCUUUGGAAAACUUUUACAGAUUGUUUCAAUUGUCUACCGGUUGCAGCUAUAGUGGACGAGAAAAUAUUUUGCUGUCACGGUGGUCUCAGUCCUGAUCUGACAACGAUGGAACAGAUAAGACGUAUUAUGCGACCAACGGAUGUGCCCGAUCAAGGUCUGUUGUGUGAUUUGCUUUGGUCAGAUCCUGACAAAGAUACAAUGGGUUGGGGCGAAAAUGACCGAGGCGUUAGCUUUACUUUUGGUGCUGAGAUUGUGGGUAAAUUUCUUCAGAAGCAUGAUUUCGAUUUGAUUUGCCGUGCACACCAAGUUGUUGAGGACGGCUAUGAAUUUUUUGCCAAAAGGCAAUUGGUGACAUUAUUUUCCGCACCCAAUUACUGUGGUGAAUUCGAUAAUGCAGGUGCUAUGAUGUCGGUGGAUGACACUUUAAUGUGUUCAUUCCAAAUUUUGAAGCCCGCUGACAAACGGCGAUUUGUCUAUCCAACAUUUGGCAGUUCAGGGCGACCUCUGACACCACCCCGGGGAGCCAACAAUAAAAACAAAAAGAAAUAAGUUCAAAGUUCAAAAUUCAGAUGUCAUGUUCAAACCUUACUACGUACCCUCUGUGUGGUUUAAAAUUUACUAAAGCAAAAUAUACACACCCACAUUAUAGAAGAAAACACAGACAAACACACACACACAUACAUU